GGGCUUCCACUGGCCCCGGGCGGACUCCCAGCCGUGGAAACCUGGGGCUGCUCGCAGCGGUUUCACUUCCCGGGGUGGCGGACCCGUGUGGCUCCCCGCCCCCCCGCCCCCAGGGCCUCUCUCCACCCGGCGCCGGGUGACACGCCGCCCGAGCCGGCCCGGGGCUGAGCUGCCGCCAGGGGCAGGGCAAAAACGGGGGGCCCUUACUGGGUCGGCGUCGGGACGGGCCCCGGGGCUGCCGAAGGGAGUCGCCGGGUGGCCGGCGGUGACCUUUCCGAGGCCUGACUGCGCCUCCUCGGCGACCGCGGGCUCCCCAGUUCAGCGCGCGACCGGAAGAGAGCCCCGGCGGUGGGCGGUGCCUGCGGGCGGCCUCGGGGUGCGCUCGGGCCGCGGGCCUGGGCCUCGGUUCCCGCGGCCCCGCCCGCCGCCGUCCGGGCACUACCGGGAGCGGGGCGGCGGGAGAGCCAUGCGUCGCCUGCGCCUGCUGCCGCUGCUGCUGCUGCUGCUCCUGCCGCGGCCGGGCGCCCCGGGACCCGGCGACGACGCGAGCCCGCCCGACGCGGCCCAGGAGCCCCUCCCGGGCCUGCGCGAGCGGCUGCGGGAGGCCGUCGCCCUCUCCCGACGGUACUGGGCGCUCCUGCGCUGCCGCGUGUGGCCCAAAGACUGUGAGCGCGCCGAGGAGGCUGGCGCGGGGCUCCUGGGCUGGAGCCUUCCCCUGUUGGGCCAGCAGUACCUGGACAUCCUGACCUCGUGGUACUGCAGCUUCCAGGCCUGCUGCGACAGUGGGGACUGCAGGAUCUCCAACAACUUCACAGGCCUGGAAUGGGACCUGAGUGUGCGACUGCACGGCCAGCAUCUGGCCCGGGAGCUGGUCCUGACGACGGUGAGGGGCUACUUAGAGCUGCCCCGGCCGGACAAGGCCCUGGCUCUGUCGUUCCACGGCUGGUCGGGCACAGGCAAGAACUUCGUGGCUCGGCUGCUGGCAGAGAAUCUAUACAGGGACGGGCUGCGGAGCGACUGUGUUGAGACGUUCAUCGCCACCCUACACUUCCCUCACCCGAAGUAUGUGGACCUGUACAAGGAGAAGCUGGCAAGUCAGAUCAAGGAGACGCAGGAGCGCUGCCACCAGACCCUGUUCAUUUUCGAUGAGGCCGAGAAGCUACAUCCGGGAAUGCUGGAGGCCCUCAGGCCACACCUGGAACGCCAGGCUCCCGAGAACCACAGGGUAGAGUCCCAGAAAACCAUCUUUCUUUUUCUCAGUAACAUUGGCGGCAAUACCAUCAAUGAAGCUGUCCUGACUCUGCUUCAGGCCGGAGGGGCCCGGGAAGAAAUCAGGCUGGACCAGCUGGCACCCCAGCUCCAGGCCGAGAUGGCGGAGUCCACAGACACUGGCUUUGGCCACAGCUGUCUUGUCAAGGAAAACCUGAUUGACUUCUUCAUCCCCUUCCUGCCCCUGGAGUACCACCACGUGAGGCUGUGCGCACGCGACGCUUUCCUGAGCCAGGGACUCCCGUACACAGAAGAGGCCCUGGACCAAAUUGCCAAGAUGAUGGUGUAUAUCCCCAAGGAGGAGCAACUCUUCUCUUCUCAGGGCUGCAAAUCUAUUUCCCAGAGAAUUAGCUAUUUCCUGCCUUGAGGGCUCGAGGAAGACUUCCUGCAGCUGCCGGUCUUCCACCACCAGGACCCUGGGGCCGGUCAGGGCACUGUCUGGGACUCAGGGCAGGAGGAUAGGCUGGCCUCCAGCCGUCACUCACGUACAAAAGGUGUGUAAAAAGGGAAGGCCUUAAAUCAGAAACAGAGCCAACGCUUUAAAUCACUUGGUGCCUUAAAGAGCCACAUUUUAAAAUGUGGGCCAGGCGGCUGGAGAAAGCCACAGGCCAGAUGAAUCCCAAGGCCUGGCUAGCAUCUCUGCCCUUGCCCGCAGAGGCCUGGACUUGGGGGUGAGGCCAGAGGUCGCGGGGUCCUCAUUGACAGGGAAGGGAGAAUCAAGCUCUGCUUACCAGUGGCCUCGGGUGUGCAGGCACAGGGGCUUAGCUUUCAAGUUGUUCCCACAGGGAAGCGGAGCAGGUUUGUCAGCAAAGAGCCUCAGGCUGAAGGAAAAAGUACACAAAGGAAGAAUUUUAUAUAUAUAUGUGUGUGUGUGUAUAUAUAUAUAUAAAAUCAUGUCAGUGGAGGUUAAGAUUUGUACUCAGAUUUAAAAGAAAAAUUUAAGCAAGGGGCUUUGACAUGGCUGUGUCAUGUGUAAAGAUUAAAAGUUUGUAUUUUUCUAAAA